AUGCCUUCGACCAUAUCUGCCAGCCGCAAGCGCGUCUUCGGCUCCGUCUUCCCACCCGCGUAUUUCACGACCGCGCCAGCAUCUCGGUUAGCCAGCGCAAAAAGUCCGCCCCAAUCCGAGCCUGCCGAGAGAAUCGAUGAUCAGGAACAAUAUGGAAAGGAAACCUGGGAUCGUGCGUGGCGUGUAGCGACUGAAUUUCUGCAGUUGCCGAGCGAUGGACUCGCGGAUUUGAUGCAGUCAGAUGAUGGGGAGUUCCUGCAGCGUUGGAGGGGACAUUCGAGUUUCACAAAGGAGGUUAAGGAUGCAUUGGACUAUUUGAUUCUUCCGUUGGCCCAGGGGGAGAGCCUUGCGACGGAGCAGCAGAGUAUACUCGAGUGGUACCGUCUGGAGAUACGGGUGCAUUUCCUGCGCAACUUUCACGAGGUUCUUGCAAAGGUGUUGGACUCAGAGGACAAAGGGCAGUUACAGGCUAUUGUACGAACCCUAGGACUUGCACGGCGGCUGUACUUUGCUCCCUUCGUGGAGUACUUGCUACCGCUCCUGAACCAUGCCGACCAGGAACGGGAGCUCCGCGCAAUGGCGUAUACGUUCCAGAUGGUGGUAGGAUAUGCCCUGCCUUGGACACGAGUAUCAGAGUUGCUCUUCCGAGAGCUCACAAGAGACGCGCUCAUUGUCCUGGGGAUUGACGCACUGGAUGAGGAAGCGAACUUUGAGGACAGUGUCAGUGUGGAUAAUAUGGAGGUCGACCGGCAGUUCUCGGUCUCCUACCAGGAUUGGCGGGAAGAACCGUCCGCGGAGGUUCGAAUGCAGAUGAUGGCAGAGUACGAGGAUGUACGAGUCGUUGCGACGCGCGAACGCCUGCUGUCCCUACUGAGAAGCUUGCAGCUCGUUGGCUUAGGCGGGGACAAGGCCCAAAAGGUCUUUGCCAGCGUGAUGGACAUGAUGUUGACGGUGUUUAUUGAAUCCGCAUAUGCCAACCAGUGGGAGGGGCCGUCGUUGGUCAGCCAGCACCUGCGACAGUGGAUUGAGAAUGUGUUUGCUCGGUUGGUUGUGCAGGUUCUGGCGAUUAUCAAUCACGACGAGACUGGAGCGAAUGCCUCCGGACGUCUGGAUGUAAGUUUGGUGGAUGUGGAAAGGUGGCAAGAGAUGGGAAUCUCGCGCCUGGGGUCACUCCGGACCCGCGAGCUGUUUGAUAUCAUUGUCGAGUGGCCUGCGAGCAGCGGUGCGAUUGAGGACUUGCGACAAUUUUCGACACAUCCGGCCUCCAGGUACUGUCUGACGCAAGCGUUCAUCAAGGUGCUCAACCAACGGUUGUUGCAUCCCGGGGCGUCAACCAUUGACAUCUUACGAGUGUAUAUUUCUAUCAUCCGCGCGUUCAAUCUCCUAGAUCCCAAAGGUGUCUUGCUGGACCGAGUUGCUCGGCCCAUUCGCAGGUACCUACGCGAUCGCGAUGAUACUGUCAAGGUUAUUGUGGGUGGGCUUUUGGCGGAUCCUGCUGACACAGACGAGUCCAAUCUCCCGUCUACUGGAGAGACUCUUUCAGAGCUGUCUGCCGAGCUAGCCAAGGCACAUCAGAACUCGCUGCGGGCCGAUUCUGGCGAGCUGGACUGGGAUGAUAUGAACUGGAUGCCGGACCCGGUGGACGCGGCGCCGGACUACAAAAAGUCUAAGAGUUCCGAUGUCAUUGGCAGUCUGAUCAGUCUUUUCGAGUCCAAGGAGACUUUCGUCAGAGAAAUGCAGAACAUGCUGGCUGAGCGUCUGCUCCAAAAACGCGCCGAAUUCGAGCAGGAAACGUCCGUUCUGGAACUGCUCAAGGUGCGCUUCGGGGACAAUGCCCUGCAGGCAUGCGAAGUCAUGUUACGGGACAUCUUUGACUCUCGCCGGGUCGAUGCCGUAGUCCGCAACGACCAAGGGCUCGUCCAGUCGGAAGACGACACCCGGCCUGAGCUGCAUGCGAAGAUUCUCUCUCACUUCUUCUGGCCCGAAUUCCCAGCGCAGCAAUUCAAGGUGCCUCCGGAGAUUGCGGCGCUGCAGGAACGCUACGCGACAGGAUUCGGAUCGCUCAAACAGUCCCGCAAACUCACCUGGCUCAACGGGAUGGGCCAGGUCACCGUCGAGCUGGAUCUCGAGGACCGAGUGUUUGUGGACGAGGUGACGACCUGGCAGGCCACCGUGAUCUACGCCUUUGGCUCUGAGGAAGGGGCCACCAAAACCGUGGACGGAUUAUCGGCUGAACUGGGCAUGUCGACAGCGCUCGUGCGCAGUGCCUGUCUGUUCUGGGUCAGUAAACGCAUCCUGAGCGAAGUGCAGCGCAAUACCUUUCGCGUCCUGGAGGUCCUGCCCAACGACGAUGACACGGGAGCCGUCGGCCCCGCUGGCGUGUCAGCAAUGGAGUCUGGUCCGGCCAACGCCGCGGCCGCAGCCGAUGCAGCGGCGGCGGCGGCAGCCAAGGAGACGGCCGAGGCGGCGGCGAUGGAGAAGAUGAACCUGUACUGGCAAUUCAUCGUUGGCAUGUUGACCAACCAAGGCGCGAUGCCACUGCAGCGCAUCGUGAUGAUGCUCAAGAUCGCGGUGCCGGGGGGAUUUCCAUUCAGCAACGAGGAGCUGCGCGAGUUUCUUGCGGGCAUGGUCGCCAAGGGCAAGCUGGAGAUUAUCAGCGGAGGGAACUACAAAUUAGUGCAGUAG